AUGUCUUUCUCCAAGCUCUGUAUCGACGCUCUCGAUCUCGCUGGCAAGCGCGUCUUCAUCCGUGUCGACUUCAACGUCCCCUUCGACAAGGAGACCGGCAAGACCAUCACCAACACCCAGCGUAUCGACGCCGCCCUCCCCACCAUCAAAUACGCUCUGGAAAAGGGCGCCAAGUCCGUCGUCCUCGCUUCGCAUCUCGGACGCCCGUCCGGCCGUGUUAACCCCAAGUUCUCGCUCAAGCCCGUGGCAGACGUCGUCUCGGAGAAGAUCGGCAAGACGGUCACCUUCCUCGAAGAUGCCGUCGGCUCCGCUACUGAGGAGGCUUGCAAGGACCCCGAGACCGGAUCCGUCUUCUUGCUCGAGAAUUUGCGCUUCCACAUCGAGGAGGAGGGCAAGGGCGUUGAUGCUGAUGGCAACAAGAUCAAGGCUGAUGCUGCUAAGGUGACGGAGUUUCGGAAGAGUCUCAGCACUUUGGCUGAUGUUUACGUUAACGACGCCUUUGGCACUGCUCACCGCGCUCACUCGUCCAUGGUCGGCGUGGAUCUCCCACAAAAGGCCUCUGGCUUUCUCAUGAAGAAGGAGCUUGAGUAUUUUGGAAAGGCCCUGCAGGAACCCCAACGCCCGUUUCUUAGCAUUUUAGGAGGAUCCAAGGUGUCCGAUAAGAUCCAACUCAUUGAGAACUUACUUGAUAAGGUCGAUGAGAUGAUCAUUGGAGGAGGUAUGGCAUUCACAUUCAAGAAAGCCGUCGAGGGAAUGGCCAUUGGACAGUCGCUUUUCGACGAAGCCGGUGCAAAGAUCGCGCAGGAAAUUGUGGACAAAGCUAAGGCGAAGAAUGUCAAGCUUCAUUUCCCCGUCGACUUCACGAUUGCUGACAAGUUUGCCCCAGUGGCUAACACAAGAGUUGCGACGGACUCAGAGGGCAUUCCGGAUGAAUGGAUGGGUCUCGAUGCAGGUCCGAAGAGCCAAGAGGCAAUGCGCGAGGUCGUGUUGCGGGCGAAGACAGUCGUGUGGAACGGUCCUGUCGGCGUGUUUGAGUUUGAAGCGUUUGCAAAAGGAACAAAGGCCGUGGUCGAUGCUGUCGUGGAAGCUACUUCAUCUGGAGCUGUGACGAUCAUUGGUGGAGGUGACACGGCCACUGCAGUAAAAGAGAUGGGUGCAGCGGAUUCUGUGUCUCACGUUUCCACGGGCGGUGGUGCGAGCCUCGAACUGCUCGAAGGAAAGACUCUACCCGGCGUGGCCGCAUUGACAGACGCAUGAAACUGUCGUCGCACCGCAAAAGUGCAAUGUUUUCCUCGAGAGUUGUUGUAAACUUGUACUGUAAGACGAUUUCUACAGGUGUUCUGUUACAAAGUUAGUGUUUUCAUUGGUCUGGAGUCUGUAGCCCAAGGCGAUAGCUACACCAUUCGAGCAAAGCGCUACUUGCUAUACCAAGAAAGAUAUAGACAGAGCAAGUUCUGUUGAAGCUACGGUAUGAUUCCAUUGUUUUGCUUGAUCAGGUCUUGUAGCAGUGACGAGGAUCCGUUGCGAUGCGUGGCAAAGCCUUUCCGGGAUAAUAAAGCAGCAUUUUCUGUAGCC